CGGGGGUGCAAAAAACCACCUCACACCGGCGUCGCCUUGCUCUUUGCAUGUCACGUGACUUAACGUCACCACCCUACCGGCGGGAAUUCCGUUCUAGAUGUGGAUUUGUCACCUCCGGACACGGGUUCAGUGAGGACCCAAUUUGUAAAGUACUGCAGAUUAUUGACAGCUGCAUAAAUAACAGAGGAUGAGAAGGUCCAUUGAGGUAGCAGCUGGCUGUGAGGACUGUUACCCUCCAUCUUGACAUCCCCUGCUGCAGCUGGGACCCAGAACCUCGCAGUCAAGAGCACUUGUGUGGACGUCAAGUACUCUGCUGGCGCACUACAAUGCUCAGAAGAGAAGGAGCGCCAUUGGGCUUUUGGAGAGAGAAUUUGGACUGUAUCCACCUUUUCCAGCCCACCGGAGCACCGGAAAGCUGAACUAAUUCAUGCAGGAAAAGUCAGCAACCGCCGAGCUGAGAAGUUCGUGACGAAUUGAAUUUACUGAACAAUUAUGGAAAGCUCUCCUCUCUAUGACUGUGACAGAGUUGGACGUCUCUUCCUACAGGCCCUGGGAACUGGUUCUAAUGGAUUUACGGCAGCUUACAGGGUUCUUCAGAUUUUGCCAGAACCAUUUCCAUGGAACACUUUAUUGCAGAAUCUUUGCAUGAAGGUGCCCUCUCAAAAUGGAUUAUCCGGAAAAUUAAUCUUAAAGCCAAAACUCUUGCAGCUCCCAAUACAGUUGCAGAGAAAUUUAUUCAGCAUCCUGAACUUUGUGUUUCACCUUUUACCUACCCCUUGUAUUCAGCUUCUGGCAGAAAUGGUCAGGACAGAGCACUACAUCUCAGAUGACUGGCUGCUAUAUCUGACUCAUCAGUUCCUUCAAAAUAGUGACCAGAAAAUGUGUGUACAAAGAACGCAGGUUAUGGAAAGACUGCAGAUUUUUUGCACAGGUUUGAAUUGGACAGGAGGUGAGAGGUCUAAACUAGGCCAAUAUAAACAGCUUUGGGAUUCAACACAGACUGACUGCAGAAUACAGUGUGAGAGUGAAGCACUGUUAGAAGACUUUAGAGUGUCAACUUUAAAUAUAGACACUGAAGAACUCUGUACAACAUCCCAGUCAUAUAACUGUACUGAACCAGAGGAAGUGGCAGCCUCCAUAGAGAAUGAGGAAGUUCCUUCAUUUAUCAAGGUUCAUAUCCUUAACCUAAAGCAGAUCAAUAAUCUGGAAAUGGACUCGGAGACUUUGGACCAGGAAUAUUUGUCAAGGCUAAAAAAUAUAUAUGACGUAUGUAACCCUUCACAGCUUCAAACAGUGUUUUCCUGUGUUGGUGUCAAACAUAUCUCCCCGAAGUGCCUGUUUCAGCUGUGCACUCAUUUGGAUUCCAUUUCACCUGAUCUUAGUUAUGCUCAUGCAGAAUCCUUGGCCAGUAUUCUCUUCCUUGAACAGGUACUGUCACUUUCUGCACCUGCGUCUCGAACUCUAACUGCUGCACUUUCCGUAUUUUGCAGAAAGUAUGCCUGGCCAGCAUGUAACAUUCUUAUUACCCCACUAUUGGCUAAAGCAGAGACAGGAUCUUUAUAUGCUGAUUUUCUAUGCCGAAUGAUUUCUGAAUGUCUGGAUAAACAAGAACUAUAUCUGUGUUUUGACCCUAUCUUCAAGGUGCCAUGCUCUGAAGUAUCGGUCAGUGUUCUGCACAUGCUGGUUGAUAAAAAGGAAAAACUAAAUCAAUCAGAGUUUGAUCUCUUGCUUAACCAUCUAGGUCACGCUGCAGAAAAAUUCUCCAAGUCUAUGGCAUUUUCUAAAUUAUUACUGGUUCUUUUGACAAGUAAAAAGAACUUGGAACAUCCUCUAAAACGGUCUGGCAUACUCGGUUCAACUGCAUAUUGCUUGUUAGUCUCUACUGUGCAUAGAGAAUUUUACAACUUUUACGUAACUGCUGGAGGGAUUGCAGUCCAGUUACCAGACUUUCCGUAAAGGGCUUUUACCAUGAAUCUAAUGUGAAAUAAGGUACAGCCAUCCCAUAUUGGACUCCUGACUAAUUCACUCAACUCAAACCAAACGUUUAUGAAAAAGUCCUUGCAAAAUGCUCUGAAAAAAGUCCAUGAGAGUUUUAAGUGAAAUAUUUACUGUACCUGUAGGCAUUGGAG